AGACACGUGAUGAUGUCUGGUGCUGACCGUGUCGGACUGACCCACUGUAAGUUUGUGCUGGUGUUCGCAGUCCUCAUGGAUCUUCUCGGUGUGUCCACCCUCUUGAUCGGCGUCUUCGUCCCUCUUGAAAUCGGCGGUCGUGACUUUAGUGAUCUGUUGGUGUACUCUGGAGCUGUGCUGGUGUUGAUGUCUAUGGGGGCUUGGAUCAUGUGGUACAGUGGGAAUAUUGAUGGUUUAAUACCAGAGAAGGAGAUGACACCCAAACGCAAUGCUGUGGACCGGCUCGCUCGCACCCUCAGUCGGCGCGUACGGAGACCGCACCGCAGCCACAGCACCUCCUGACCUCGGGGCAUGACGGAGAGCACAUACACAGGGCUGCUGGGACACCACACUUGAGCCUAAAAUCUCAGCUGGAAAAGGAGGAAAUGACUUUUACAAGUAUGAAGGGUGACAGAUGUGUUACAACGUGGUGUUUGCAACUACUACUACCACAAAACAAGUAUGAAAUUGCAGUUAUUUUGUAGAUCCUGUACUGUAGUGCAAUAUGUACAACUCACAAAAUGUAUUAAAAAUGCUUGUGCACAAUUUAGAACAAAGAGUGAAAACUGUUUCUACUGUUUUUCUAUUUCUGUAUUUCUUUUUGCAAUAAAACUUUUUGAAUGCA